GAUAAGACAAUCCCCAUCCCUAUCCCAAUCCCUGCAUAUCCAUCAUCCCUGAAGGCUAGAAGUGCUGCGUCCCUACACACUGCGGAAUACAUAUUUCGCUUCCCAUACCCCACAUCUGCUAGUAUUCCAUUUCUAUCCUAUUGCUCACCGCACCUACAAACUCUCAAAGUUGCUUCACUCCACCUCCCAUCGCAUCGCACCACACAAAGCGCAAAAAUGGCAGCACAAACGAUGCAACUAGACCCCAAGUACGACGACUAUGACUUCCCGACGACUGCUCCCGAAGCAGCGAGCGGCCAUCCCGGCCACCUCAGCGAGCAACAGCAGGCCCAGGUCGUCCAGCUGCGCCUGAUGCUCGAGCAGGAGGGAUACACACAGAGGUUGGACACCCUGACUCUGCUGCGUUUCUUGCGUGCACGAAAGUUUGACGUCAACUUGUCCAAGCAGAUGUUCGUCGACACGGAGAAAUGGCGAAAGGACACCAAGCUUGACGAGACGGUGCCCAUCUGGGAUUACCCCGAGAAGGAGGCUCUCUUCAAGUACUACCCUCAGUACUACCACAAGACAGACAAGGACGGUCGCCCGGUCUACAUAGAACAAAUGGGAGGCAUCGACUUGACUGCCAUGUACAAGAUCACCACAGCCGAGCGCAUGCUGACCAACCUCGCCGUCGAGUACGAGCGCCUCUCCGACCCUCGUCUGCCCGCUGCCUCGCGCAAGGCCGGUCAGCUCCUCGAGACCUGCUGCACCAUCAUGGACCUCAAGGGCGUCGGCAUCACCAAGGUCCCCCAGGUAUACUCAUACGUCAAGCAGGCCUCGGCCAUGUCGCAAAACUACUACCCCGAGCGCCUGGGCAAGAUGUACCUGAUCAACGCGCCCUGGGGGUUCAGCGGCGUGUGGAACGCCGUCAAGGGCUGGCUCGACCCCGUCACCGUCCAGAAGAUCCACAUCCUGGGCUCUGGCUACCAGAAGGAGCUGUUGGCCCAGGUGGCCCCGGAGAACCUGCCCAAGGCCAUCGGCGGUACCUGCGAGUGCCCCGGCGGCUGCCAGCUCAGCAACCAGGGUCCUUGGCAAGAUCCCGAGUGGGCCAGACCCGCCAAGUGGGAGAAGAAAUCCGAGACUGUCGUCAACGAGCCCGGCACAACGACUGCCCCUCCUCAGGGCACUGAGCAGAUCCCCAUCGCUGGCGGCGAGGGCGCUGCUGCCCCUGCCCCUGUCCCUGCACCCCAUGCAUCCUAGGAGGGGAAUCUGGCAUCUACCGGCACGAUUUGUAAAGGAGACACGUUCUAGUGUAGACUCUUAUGUUGGGCUAGGUGGUGGCCGAGCGGCGGUGAGGACUUGUU